AUGUACGCCACUGCUAUCCUCUUACUUUCAUUAUCCACUUUGGGUCUCACAUGCGGAGCAGCGUUAAAACGAGAUGGAGAUCAAAGUGGAUCAGACGAAUGUCAUAUCAAGAUAACUUUCGGCCCUGAAACCAAAUACAGAAUAGAUCAAAAUGAUGUGAAUGCACCUUAUAUUGAAAGUUCCGAUAAAGACGCAAAACCUUUACAGGUCACUUUUACCCGAGAUGAAAUCGAUCAACAGUUUAAACACUCUGAUUUUUUCAACGUCCAGCCCGUUGGAGGAUUCGAGCUUUUCUGUUCUUUGACUGGAAAUAAAACUUCGACUGAAAUAGCAGAAUUCAACUUUAUCAGUGUUGAGCCUUUCUUAGAAGGGAAAAGAUCAGAUUUCGCAAAAGUUGAAUGUCAACUUGCUCAUCUAAGAGCAACCACGUCAAAUUCCACUAUGAUCAGCUCUGUAAGUGGUGCUACCCUUCCUUCCAUCUCCACCACUAAUCCCUCCUGGGUCCCGAUGAUCCAAAGUUCAGUACAAAGUAGAUGUAUCUGA